AAUCUCAAGACUCAAAACAGUUGAGCUUUGAAGUCGGAAGCUAUGAUUCGCUCAAUACCAACCGUCGCUUCUUAUCUCCCUCACCACCAAACACAAACUUCCGCCACGAUUUCACACGCUUAUGGAAGCUCUGCUCUUUCUUCCGGCAGUCGACCUACCAGGCGACCAGUGCUCCGCUGGAGUACCCCGACCAUCACCGUUGAGCUAGAUUCCGCGGCCACCACCGUCAGGAAGUUCUACGACGGCAUUAACCGCCGCGAUUUAUCGUCGGUGGAGGAUCUCAUCGCUCUCAAUUGCGUCUACGAAGAUCUCAUCUUCUCUCACCCUUUUUCCGGCCGUAAGGCAAUCCUUGAUUUCUUCAAACAGUUUAGUGAUUCCAUCAGUGGGGAUUUACAGUUUGCAAUUGACGAUAUAUCUGAGGAAGACACCUCUGCUGUAGGAGUAACUUGGCAUCUUGAAUGGAAGGGAAAACCUUUUCCCUUUAGCAGAGGAUGCAGCUUCUAUCGAUUGGAUGUGAUUAAUGGGCAGAGACAAAUAGUAUUCGGAAGGGAUGCUGUGGAACCUGCCAUCAAGCCUGGAGAGACGGCCUUGGUUGUGAUCAGAGGAGUUACUUGGCUGCUGCAGAGCUUCCCUUUCUUGGCUGACCGUUUAUAGUUACAAAACUGAUGUCAUAUCUAAUUUUUCUUGUAGUGCGAGGACUUUUGGCUGUGUAUGAUAUUGAAUUUUAUGGAUGAAAAGUGUUUAUAGGUUUGGGAUGGAAUACAAGGUUCAUAUUAUAUAGUA